UCUGGAAUUUGUCUCACAAGCGGUCUGGAUUGCUUUUAAUAUGUCAAAAUGGGUCUGCUGACGCCGCUGCUGCUGUGUGGAUUUGCGUUUGCCCAAGUGUGCGGAUCCCGCCUUCGCCAGGAGGACUUCCCGCCGCGGAUCGUCGAGCACCCCUCAGACGUGAUCGUGUCCAAAGGAGAGCCCACGACGCUGAACUGCAAGGCGGAGGGGCGCCCCACGCCCACCAUCGAGUGGUACAAGGACGGCGAGCGCGUGGAGACGGACAAGGACGACCCGCGCUCGCACCGCAUGCUGCUGCCCAGCGGGUCGCUGUUCUUCCUGCGCAUCGUGCACGGGCGCAGGAGCAAACCCGAUGAAGGGAGCUACGUUUGCGUCGCGAGGAACUACCUGGGCGAAGCUGUGAGUCGCAACGCGUCUCUGGAGGUGGCAUGUGAGUAA